UAAGUUUAAUUGGUUAUUUAGACGGUUUAAUCUUGGUCAAACAAUUGAUGUCACUUACAUUUUGUGGCUAAGUCUAUAUGUUCAACUAUGUGUAUGAUCCAUUUGGAGAUUAUACAUGCAUAAAGUAAAUAAGACACACAAGCUUUGUUAACGAGGUUCGGUUUUUCCUACAUCUCCGGGACCUAGUUCAGAACAAAUCCACAAGAACAAGAUUCAAUUAUAAUUGUUAUGAUAUCAAAUCAUUCUUUUUUAGAUGAAUAAACCAUCAAAAGAUCUUCAUAUCUUAUUGAUGGGGCGACACCACACAUCUUGUGUGCAUCUCUUGAGAAUACCUUGAAGCGUGCAAAUCUUCAUGAAGCACCCUCUUGGUAUUUAUAUCAAUUGCCCAACCCCUAGAGUUGGCAACUUUCCUCUUAUACAACAAAUAGGAAAUUGAAAAUUUUCCUUUUUCUUUUUGGAUAAGGAAAGUUUCUCUUCAUAAUCUCAUCUUGAAUCUUCCAUUCAAGAUGUUCAUCCAGCUCAACAACCGCCACGUGGCUUGUCCAAGUCGGCCUUAAACUUCUGUACUCAAACUCUUCAAUUCAGCUUCUUGUACUACUUCUUGUAUUAAUGUCGGACUAGUACAAGAACUGCUUCAAACCUUUAAUACAACCUCUCAUAUAUCUAAGUGCAAGGUUCUUGAUUCAACACCUUAUCUUUUCUGCUUUGUGUUAAUCACUGUGUUAGCACGAUCACCAAGUACUACUUAAGCUCUGCUCUACUUAAUCAUUGUGUUUGCUCUACUUUAUCCCCUGUGUUAGUUCUGUCAACUCUCUUUUUCUGAACUGUUGCAUCACCACUAUGACAUCUAUGAUGUAUCUAUGUAUCCAUGUCUCAUCCAUUACAGCCACUUAGCAGAGAUUUCACCACAUGUUCUAAACCUUGUAAAACUUCAUUCAACAUAACAUCUUCAAUCUCUCCUUUGGUGAUUGAGUUUUAUAAUCCACGCACCUAUUAGAACUAGUCUGCUCUGCAUCUUCAAUCUCUCCCUAGAUGAUUGAAUUUUCAAUUCCAGGCAUCUUAUAAAACUAGUCAUCAUAAUAUCUUCAAUCUCUCCCUUUAUGACUUGAGUUUUAAAUCUCCUUCAAUCUCUCACUUCAUGCUACAUCAUGUAUUAUUCAUGACAAUCGUCAUUCUCCCCCUUUUUAUACGAAGAAAAGCUUACGAAUCGUUGAUCAUGGUGAGAGCUACUCGGAGAGGGCCUAUUGGAGGAAGACGGGUUGCAUGCGAAUUCCGAUUAGACGGGGAUGAAAAUCAGCCACAGCUUGUUGAUGAUCCGAGUGACACAGAAGUUGGGAUGGAUCUUGUUCUUUACAAAGAAGACAAAGAAUCAACUGUUGGAAUUACUACCAAAGAGACAAGAAGUAGAUCUGAGGAUGAUGAGACUGAGAAAUCAAUUGUAGAAUCAACAAAAUCUGAAGCUUCACCAGAAGAAACAAAUGUCGAAUCCGAAGAAAGCAGAGGAGAUAAGGAAGAAAACAAUCAAGAAAUUUCAUCUUGUGAUGAAGAAAUUGAUUCAACUGAAAUCUCUGUUCAAAAACAGUUGGAUCGAGCUGCUCGAAAAAAGAGAGUUUAUAAGCAUUUGGGUUUAUCUUCUUCUAAAAAGCGACAAAAACAAGAUGAAGAACUUAGGACAAAGUCUCCGGUUCGGUCCAAAUAUUUCUUCUCAGCCGAAGCAAAAAGGAGUCUUGAUGCAGAUCAUAAACGGAGUAGCAAAACAUCCCAGAAAAUUAUGAAAUUCGGUGACAACAUCCACAGCAGUCAUACGAAAACAUAGAAAGAAACGGAUCACGAUUUGAGUUUACGGUUAGCAAGUUAUGAUCAAAUUCGCAAGACAGAUCCAAACUGAUACGACCUGCGAGCAUCCAACUUUGAGAGCAAUUUCCCAUCAACCCACAAGGAAUCAGAGGGAUAUCUCUAUAACCUUAGAAAGAUCUUGUUUUCAAGUUUUCAGAACCUCUUUCAGAACUAAAAUCGGAGGUCUGUUUCCAAAUAAAACUAACUGCUUCAGACGUGAUAUAAGAGCUAUAAAUCACAUCAUGAGACCCUGUCUUUUAAAAAUCUCUUCUAUCCACGUCAUGAACUAUUGAUGGUCCCAUCAAGACCAAAAAUCUCUUUCUCUGCUCUUUGGACAAGAACAAGAGCAUUAACAAGAUCAUCACCAUUUAGAACCAACACUCCUAAAAUCAUCGAUAACACCAUUGUUACUUCAACUUAAACAAUCGAGAGAUGUAGUCUCCACUUUCACAUCAAACAACACAGCAAAGUCUCUGUAGCAGUAGUUCUUUAAUGGCUGCAUGAUCACACCAACAAAGAAACUUAAUCCCUCUUUGCUUUGCUUUCGAUCUUUUAUAACUUUGGAUCUUUAUAAGAAGCUGCUUGUGGUUAGCAACAAUCUUCUCCCCCCC